AUGAGCUCUCAGAAUUCCGGAAGCUCCGCUGCUGCCAGUAGCAGUGGGGGCUACACCACGACAUCGAGCGGCACCAACUCCCAGGGCAACCACUACUGCUCCCGUGACUACGGCUCCUCUGCCCAGAACGGCAACAGCUACCACUACUCCAACUUCAAUGGAAGCUACUACUACAGCAACCCGAACGGCUCCACGUACUACAACGAUGGGAACGGUGGCUCCAACUACACACCAUCAGGCGGCAAAUAG